AUGAGCUUUUCUUCCGAACAUUCGCAGGGGUCGAUGGAUACUGCCUUGUCCUCUGUUGCCAGCCCCCUAGGACAGGAAUUCAACACCGGACGCUGGAGGCAACGGCCAACGAAGCCACGCAAUCUUGUUCUAUUCUUUGAUGGCACUGGAAAUGCCUUCACUGGGUCUGAAAAAGAUACAAAUGUGGUCAAGCUCUUGAGCAUGUUGGAUCGUAACCAUGAAGAGCAGUUCCAUUACUAUCAGACUGGCAUAGGCACCUAUAGUGUCAACGAGGAAACAAUUCACCAGUCUCCACUUGCUGCCAAGUGGAGCAAGGCCAAGCAACAGGUUGAUGGGGGAAUUGGCAAAACGUUUGAUGCCCAUGUCUUGGCUGGUUACCGAUUUUUGAUGCGCUACUAUGAAACGGGCGAUAAGAUUUACAUGUUUGGAUUCAGUCGUGGUGCUUACACGGCCAAGUUCCUAGCACGUAUGGUCCACACUGUCGGCUUGCUCUGCAAAGGAAAUGAAGAAAUGGUUCCUUUUGCCUAUCGACUCUAUGACCGUCAUCUGGACGGCGAAUUCAACUGCAAAGACCACCAAAGUCAACAACAAGCUGAAGACUCCGAAUCAGAGUCAGAUGAUGGUUUCUUACGUCACAAAAAUGGCAACAGCGGAAAUGAGAUUUGUUCCGAGGAGAGACUGAAACGCGAGAAGCAAGAAAAGAAGGAGCGCCGGAAACGAAACCGCGAGCUCAGAAAGUUCAGCAAUACUUUUUGCCGAAAGGAGCCAGGUUGGGACGCUGAUGGACACCCAUCGGAGAAGGAAACCAACAUCAAAGUGCACUUCCUAGGCCUAUGGGACUGUGUGAACUCCGUCGCCGUCAUGGAGAAGAAGGCCACCAAAAAUGUAAAAGUCAAGGGCACUGCACACAUCAUUCGGCACGCUGUUGCUGUUGAUGAGCGCCGUGUCAAAUUCAAAGCUGCUCUUUUCCACCAAGACAGAAAGCAACAAAUGAAGCAGAAGAACAACCACGAGGACAUUAAGGAAGUUUGGUUUGUGGGGAAUCAUGGCGACGUCGGCGGAGGUUGGCAUCCAACUGACGACAAGCUUCCAACCGACGACAAGAAUGUAGGUUUCUGGGAGCGGUUGAUCUGGUCUGAAGAGGCAACCGAAGAAUACAAAAACGCAAGUUUUUGGAAAAAAUGCUAUAUGCGAUACUUUAAAAAGGUUGAUAUAUGGGCGGAGCCAAGCGUUUCCGAUGAUGACGAUUGGAACUGUCAAGUCUGCAAAGAAUGCGGCUUAUGCAAAGCUGAAAAAUGCCAGCUGCUCCAGGGAGAAUGCCAGUUGUGCAAAAACGACGAAUGUCAAAAAUGCCACGACGAUAUCGUGUGCAAGGACCCUAAGCACAUGAAGACAAAGCGGCUCAGACCUGAUCCAUGCCAGCUGAGCGACAUACCUCUUGCAUGGAUGGUUAAGGAACUUGAGCUGAAGGGCGACCUUAAAUGGCGUCAUGAUAAGCUCAAUGAAUUCAAACAUCGAUACCAGCAUAACAAACAGUCGGCACUCAAUGGAUCAGUUCAUGACCCAGUCAUGUUUGGUUUUGGCACCAGCUGGAAAAUGGUUCUGUUUUGGAACUUUUUGGAAUACUUCCCUUUGAUCCAACGAUGGGAACUCACCCACGGAGGGAGCUUCUGGAGCCGUCUCCAAUUUUGGAAAAAGCAGGAGUCUAAUGCGCACCCUAAAUGGGAUUGGGUCCGAUUUCCUCUUAAUAAGGGGGCAACACGAGAUAUCCCCGAGGAUGCAAUCCUGCAUCAGUCACUCUUCCUGAAGCUUGAAGAAGGCCGUAAACAGGAGUUACAGGGCAAGAGGGUGACUUAUAAUCCCCAAAACAACCAUGGAGGAUCGGGCGAGCCUUGCUUGUCAAACAAGGAGGGAAUUUUCGCUGAGGUUCCGCUUGACCUCACAAAAAAGUCGGAGCCACCACAUCCUGACCACAAAACGUACCACUUCCAGUCAUGGGUUAACCACCAUGGAGGCCAUGUACACCCGGUAGACAGAUGA